AUGGACCCUGAGAUUGCCGCAGGGCGCGACUCCAUCAACAACAUCCCGCUGAGUGACCGGAUUUGUUGCUGCCCAUUCGGAUCUAAUCAGGUCAUGCCACAUGAUGGCAUGAACAAGAACUGGGACUCUUCUUUGGAGCUUACCUGGGGCUCGUGGAUCAGUGAACAUGGCCUGUGGACUUCGGCAUGGCAGCACACAGGGAACUUGUCGGGGACGACAGACUCGCAGAUUUUUGUGAUCAAAGGGGAAGACUUUGGGCGCGUGGUGCAGCAGGACCUACCUAUAUUCUGCGAUGUUGUCAUCUAUGCGCGGUACUUCGUGCACGAGAUGAACCAGACAGCGAUCAACACAGAUCUUCCUCCGGACCAAGUGGUAAGGCCAAGCAAGUCCAAGGAUGCUGCCGCGCUUCAGGACAGCAUGGCUUUCCAUGAUCUGUUGACGACCGCAGCUGCCGGUUCUUAA